GCCGGAGCACCCUCCUCCUCUUCCUCUCGAAUCCCACAGUCCGCCUGCACUCGUCCACUUCCUCUGUCUCUCUCGCUCUGUCUUUCUCUUCAUACCUCUCACUCUCUCCGCUUUCUCUUGUCUUUAAUUCCUCUUUCUGUCUCUUUUUCUCCUUCUGUCAUCCACUUCUCUCCAGACGCAAGAAGCUCCCUGGCUCGUCUUCCUCUUCCUACAACUACAGAGAAUUUGGAAGCACUCGGGACAAAGACGCUGUCACUGGAGCUGAGAUGGCAAUGAGCAGCAUCCUCAACGCUGAUGACAUCAAGAAAGCUCUGGAUGCCUUUUCAGUGGCUGGUUCCUUUGACCACAAGAAGUUUUUCGAGAUAAUGGGUCUGAGGGCAAAGUCUUUCGACGAAGUGAAGAAGGUCUUCCUGGUGCUGGAUGCCGACAACAGCGGCUUCAUAGAGGAAGAGGAGCUCAAAUUCGUCCUGAAGGGUUUCUCCAAAGAUGGCCGGGACCUGACGGACAAGGAAACCAAAGAAUUUUUAAGAGCAGCCGACAAGGAUGGUGACGGCAAGAUUGGAGUUGAUGAGUUUGCUGCCCUGGUGAAGGAAUAACCAGUCAACCAAUGUGACUGACUAGCACCCCAAGAUAACCUCCAGGCCACUGCUACAUCCCCCCCCCCAUCUCUCCUGCACCGCCCCCCCUGACUCCCAGCCCACCAGACUAAGCCGACCCCUGCUAGCCCUCUAACCUGUUUCUCUCCCUCUCCCCCACGGUUGUGUUCGCUAGAAAUGCAAUGCUGCACUAUAGGAAGUAAGCGGUGGUGAUCCCCGCUCCUCUUUAGAUGUCCCUGCAGCUUUAUUCAUCCUAUUUAUUUGACGCUUUUUGUACAAACUGAUCUUGUUUGUGUUCAUGUAGAAGCAGGAAUAAAACCUCACGUUUUAAAGAAUAAAGUAGAUAGAUAUUGAUAAAGUGAAUAGAGAUUGAUAAAGUAAGACCUUAAUGUCAUUUCUGAAUUUAGUUUCUUUCUUUUAUUAGCCAACACUUCAUCGCACCCCCUCUUUCUUUCUUUCUUUCAUAUUUUUGUGUCUUUCUUCUUCUCUAUGUUCCCUUCCUGCAGUUUCUUCCCUCUCUCCCUCCCAAACCACCACAACCAUCCAUUUAUCUAUCUGCACAUCCCUUUCUCCUCUGGUAAUGAGCUGUUGUAAAACAUACCAAAAGAAGAAAGAGGUCAAGCUGUGAAAGAAUAAAAUUAAGUGAGAAAGAAAAAAA